GUCAAUGACUGAAGGUGUUGAUGUGGCACCCUCGGGACCCCUUGGUACUGCCACAGGGGCCUUGUGGGGACGCGAGAGGCUUGGCAUUGGCUCGAGUCGGUGGAUUAAGUGUAGAUUUUAACAUUUUUAGAUGGCAGCCAAGAUGGUUUGUGUUGGAUCAAGGGGUUCUUGCGUACUACAAAUCACAAGAAGAAGUCAAUCAGGGUUCAAAAGGCUCGGUUAAAUUGUCAGCAUGUGAGAUCGUAGUUCAUCCAACAGAUACUAUGCGUAUAGAUAUAGUCAUUCCAUAUGAGCAACAUUUUUACCUCAAAGCACCAUCACCCCAUGAGAGACAUGCCUGGCUUGUGGCUCUUGGUAGUGCCAAGGCUGGCAUACCGCCUGCCAUUCCGCAAACUAAAGUAGAGAAGGGUAAGACUGAGCCUGAACGAGAUACUGUUAAAGUUAAAAAGUCGGAGUUGAGACUUACGUGUGACUUAUUGAUGAAGCAGGUGUAUAGUGUGAAGACAGCUGCCAACAACCCUGAUGGACCAGAUCUUGAGAAACUAGAUGAAUCAACAGCUUUACUGACAGCAACAUGUGAUACAUUUAUUCGUACCUUGGAGGAAUGCAUGAAGCUCGCUAACACCUCCCCGACGCCCCAGCUUUCUGGUGAAUUCCCAGUUCCUCCAAUCACGCUCCUUAAGGAGAGAAAAAGUUCUUCAUCGACACCUGUUGUUACCAGACAGAAUUCUGCAGAAAGGAGGACAGAGUAGCAGAUAAGGAGACCAAGAACACAAAUGAAAUCCUGCAGCAUCAAUCACAAAUUUACUGAAGAAAGUGCAAGUGCAACUUACAUCCAGAGUGAAAGCAUGGAGAAUGUUUAAUUAGAUUGAUUGGCAUCUGUGCAUUUUUUUUUUUUUUUUUUUUUUUCAUUCAUUUAUUUCCUUUGUGCAAGUAAUGAGUUACUUGUUUUUUUUUUCAAAGAUAAGUUGUUAUGGAGGCUGUUUUGUUUGUUGUUUGUGUUAUUUUUGUUUGUUUUAUGUAUUGUUUAGAAUAUUCUUGAUUUGUUUAAGAUACUUAUAUUAUUCUGAUUAUAUAUUUUGAUUGAAUAUACAUGUAAAGAUUUCUUACACAUAUACAGAAUGUAUGUACAAGCUCUCACACAUACUCUCUAAAACACACACACACACACACACACACACACACACUCACUCUCUCUCUCUCUCUCUCUCUCUCUCUCUCUCUCUCUCUCUCUCUCUCUCUCUCUCUCUCUCUCUCUCUCUCUCUCUCUCUCUCUCUCUCUCUCUCUCUCUCUCUCUCACUCUCACGCUCUCACUGAAAGUAAUAUUGUUUAGUAUAUUUGAAUUGAGUAUCGUAAAUUAUAACAGACAAGCCGUAUAUAUUUGAUACACAUUAUGUAUUACAUAAUACAUAAUAUUAAUAUUUCACUGUUAUGUAUAGUUAUAUUCACUUCUUUAACAGUGCAGUCACCAGUAAGUUCAUGCUGAGUAUUUUUAUUAGUACUAAGGCUGAAGAAAUAAACAGGUUAAGCAUAGGUUUGUGUGUGUGCAUGUGUGUGUAUAUACAAAAUAUAUGUAUAUACAAUAUUUAGAUAUGUAUUUAUAUACACAUAUAUGGGUGUGGAUGUGUGUGCUUGCCUGUGUUUGAGAGAAUACAUACAUGUAUAUGUAUGUAUAUAUAUAAUUUUUUGUGGAAACUAUUCCUUCAAAAAAAAAAUGGUAGAUUGCACAUUGACAAUCAUAAAACAGAAUUGGCAAAAGUUUCAACUGAAUAUGAGCUAGAAGCACUCGUAUGCAUUUUGAUCUCACUCGACAUUUUGCUGCUUAAUUCCAAGUGAUGUACUUCAGUGUAGUAUUAAGGAUUUUCAUCAAAUUUGAGAUAUAUUUUUUUUAUUCUUAUUAUUAUUAUUAUCGUUAUUAUUUUAUUUACUUAUUUUUUAUGGGUUUUUAAUUUCCGGUAUUAUGACUGUAUGGCUGAUUUAAGCUGCCUUUAUGUCUUUAUGUUUGUCACUGAUUUGUAUUGAGAAAUUUGUAAUCGUCAAAAUCAUAUCAUUAGUUUCCUAUUUACAUCCCACUUGGUAAUAGGAUGUAUAGGAGAGAUUUGACUUCCUUUGAGCAGCUGCGCAAGAAUAUAUCUGUAUUAAGCGCUAAUACCAGCUAGAGAGAUCUGAUUUAUUGGAGUUUUGAAGAAAUUCUGACAGACUGUUCAUCAUGUAUCCAGUCUGCAGAUUUUGUAGUUCCACAGACAUUCCUGAAUCGUUUGCAAUUGGAUAGGAUUUUUAAUUUGUAAGUGUUCCAGUUUUGUAAGUAUUGAAUUUAAUUGCUUUUGAGUUGAUUUUAGUAAUGCAGGGUUUUGCUGUUCAUUACAUAAAAGUUCUGUAUGUAUAUAUAUAUAUAUAUAUAAUGCCUUCCUUCCCUUGAGUGUUUGGGUUUGAUAGUUUUCAUGGUGAUACCAAGUAUUUUGAGAUUUUAUGAUUUUUAGGCAAAUGGUAUGGUAUGCUUUAUUCUCUGAGUGAUAUAUAGGAAUAUUUGUUUUGAUUUUUUUUUUUCUUUUUAUACUAUGUAAGAUAGAAGUUUAUAAAUUAAAAGUGAGGCCAAAGGAAAGAGUUAUAUUCAUGUAGGUAUAAAGCCGUGAUUAUUUAAACUAUUGUUAAUAUAUGUAGAUUAUAAAUAGAACAUAUUUGUAAAUGCUGUACAUUCACACAGCCAAAGGUCAAGUGCAUUCAGGAUUACCACUAACUUAGCUAAAGUGAAAAGGUUAGUUCUUGUUUCCUGUGCAUUUCCUUGUCAUGCAACAUUCACAGACAGUGUUGUUCUUCUUGACUCGACAUGGGAGAUACGCUGCGAGUCAGUGGAUUCCUGUGUUUCUCUUUGUUACGAAUUUUGUUUUUUAAUGCUCUCCUCCUUUUACUACAAAUUUUUCAUGUUUACGCUUUUAAGAACUGACAUAAAUUCGUAUUUCUAAAAUUCAGAAGAAUCAGAUUUGUAUUAAUUGCCCUUAGGAUACACACACACACACACACACACACACACACACACACACACACACACACACACACACACACACACACACACACACACACACACACACACACACACACACACACACACACACACA